GGAAUCUUGGGUACGUUUCUAUACUUUUUAUGCAGAUAACGAUCCAUAUAAUAGAGAAAAUAUUCAAGGAGGACUAAUCCAUAUAUUUAACGCCAGGUGUAAUUUUUAUUACAAAAACUUUAAACUUCAUCAUCGCUUUUAUCAUGAAAGUAAAGGAAUAUUCGUCCUUUCUGGGUCACUUGUCUUCAGAGACCACUUUAGCAGGAACUACGAUAGCAGUGUUGACAAUUCUAGUCUGCAUUCUGUUAAAAUGUUAUGUAACAAAGAAAACCCGAGAAGAUCCUGGUGGUAAAGCAAAACAAGGCAGGCCAUCCAAAUAUUUCCUAACAGUAUUCAGUCUAUACCCAGCUCCUUGGAAUUUACCCAUCACCUUAAAAUCCAUUUUCACUCCUCAGACCCACAGAUCAGUAUUGGAAUUAGAUAUUACUGAAGAAACAGACUCCAAGACGGGAAAACCUGUCUGCAGAUUUUGUAUUAAAAAAUAAAAGGUCUUCGUCAAGGAGACGUUUCCUUUC